UUGGUCAACUUAUUUAACAUUUGGCAGCUGUUAACUAGCUAGCAUUAGCAAACUGCGAAACAUUAGCAUGCGUGAAAUGUAAGCCUUCUAGCUAGCUAACUAAAGUUAUGGUUACCUCAGUUCUUUUUAAAAAAUAUUGCAGUAUGAGUUUUGUAAAGUUAGCUAGGUUAAGCAGCACACAGGUUUACAUUAACUAGUUGUAAAAUAAUCAAUGAACUUGGAGUAUUUUAAUGUAAUUGUGCGCAUUGCCUAAUGUAGCACUAGUCAUGCUACAUUUUUUAAGGCUUUCAAAGGAGCAGAUCUUGAAGAAAAUGCACUUCAGGUUGAGUGUUACAGACUGCAGCAAAUUUCAGACAAACUGGGGUUCAGCAAGUGUUACAAUUUGGUGCUCAGGAGCACAGGGGAGGAAUAAGUCAGCAGGAUGGAUGUCACAGUGGAACAUAUGACAGUGAAGGAGAUGCUUGAGAAAAUAGCUGAGCUGGAGUACAGUCAAAGCCAGCUGAGGGACCUGAAUGCUGAGAUGAGGCACUGGCUGGAUGCUGCAGAUGAUGAGGUGGCGAUGCUGCGCUUAGAAAACGCGUCCUUCAGGAAACAAGUGAAAGCCCUGGAGAAGAUAAUCAGUGAAGCUCAGCAGGUGGAAGCUGAAACUUGCGGGUCCCUCCUGGGUGAUGACCUCGAUUUACAGAGAUGCAGUGAACAGAAGAUUCAGGAAUUGGAAAAGGACUCCACCCUGAUUAAGGAAGAAAAUAAAAGGCUAACAGCAGAGCUCAAGAGCCUCCAGCAGGAGAGAUGCCGGGACAAGAUCAGCUUAAACGAGUUCAAAGUCUCACUUCAAGCCCUCGAGUGUGGAAUUGAAGAGGCCCAGUUGAGGCUGCAGGAAAGGGAUGAGAUUAUUCACGAGGAAGAGUUGCAGUCACAGCACUGGGAGGAAACAGUAGAAGAGUACUCCAACAUCAUAAAGGAUCUCAGGCUGACCAAUCAGGAGCUGAGGAAUCAGUUGGAGGAGAGACAGGAUGAGGCCUCAUUAGCUUUUCUGAAUGACGUGAUGGCAGAAAAGGAAGGAUUGCUCAGUCUGCCUCUGUCCUUCGCAGAGGAAAUGAAGCUGCUGGCAUCUUCAGCCACAGUGUCAGACUCAGAUCACAGACAUGAGGAAACUGAGACUGAGGAGCUGCUGACACCUCCAAGUCUCACAAAGGAGCUUCAGACAGAAAGGUGUGCAGGUGUUCUAGUCACAGCGGUCCACAGUGCGGGAAUGUUUGUGCUGUUUGUCGUCACUCUCGUCAUGUUGGCCUUUUUGUCAGGAAGCUUGGCGGGACACUCAGACUUUUUUUCCAUCAACACCUUGUGGAGCGGUGCAAGCCUGAUUUUGCAGCCUUACUGCAGAGUGCAUUAUGGGGCCUUACCUCCUGUUUGAGCUAAACCUCUUAUAAACAUCUUUUAUCUGCCUGAUCUCAGUUUUUCAGCUGUAUGUGUUUUACACUCAGCAGGUCACAAGGCUGAUGGUUUGGUCCCAUUUUUACAAAAAUACAGCAUGAAAUCUGCAAUCAAAAAUGAAUCAUUUGGGAUUUAUUAGCUCGUAAUUAACAAAAUACAUUCAGCCAACUGAAACAAACCAGUAAAACAUGUAAUGAUCUUUCCCACGACAGAAUGUAAAAGUUGUUCAAACACAGCUGUAAAUAAAUCAGUUAAAGAUG